AUGGCAGGGUAUCGUCGCACCAGAGAUGAAAGUAAAACGUUUUCUAUGGAAGAGACUACCAUCCUCCUUAAGUGCGCUAUGGCCCUUGAAAUUGAUAUGUGUGGCGAAAACUCCAGGUUUCGUGUAAACAAAGAGUCUUCCACGGCUUCUCUACGCGAGGAAAAUAAAGGAUGCAACUUCCCAAUUUUCUUCCACAUUGAACAUAAUAUUCCAUCAGAAUAUGGACCCAUGUUUGCUGACGUUAUCGUCAUGAGCCGAGAACUAGUGAAAGUCGGAUUGGAUUUCAAGGAGGUAAAUUCAUUUUCCUCUGAAGCCGAUGCUGAAUACCGUGAAAGGACUUUGGAAAAGUUUGAAAAAUGGCAAAAGCUGGUGGAUGCAAAGGCCGAUGAACCCGAUUGUGAGAUUCUAAGUGCCAACCUACGCACCGAAUCCACUGAAACAAACCCUUCAUCUGAAUACUCCGGAGGGGCCUUGCGAUGCAAUUUCACCUUCGCUGACGAGUUGACGGGUCAGAUAAAACUGCGUAAAAUGCGCUAUGGCAAACACAAGAUUAACCACGGCAAGUACAUCAGCUCUGUUUCCUGUGUGUCCGGCAGCUUGGUCUUCUAUGCCCCUCAGCAGCGUGUGUUCUGUCAUAGUCUCGGCCAACAGCGUUCCGUGCCUCUAGCAGCCGUGUCCAGGGUCGCUAAGAGCAGAAUACCGGGUCGUCGGCGACGCCUCCAGCAACAGAGUGCCACCUUCGGCGGUGGCAACAUAUUAAAGGGCCAGUAUUUUCAACUGCAAUUGAUCCAGGUGCUGUUAACAGGCGGAUCCCAACCAGAAAUAAAUUUUCCAGAUAUUCUUCGAUCUCGCCCCCUGGAAUUCGAGUUGGGCUAUGAGGAGUACGGUUCCGCCCCCAAGAAUAACGGCUGUUUGUUUGGACAAGACGUGGCAGACGCAGAAUUUGGCAUGUUUACGUCGGCAGCCACUUCGGCAAAGAUGAAUAUGACUAAGAAGAAGAAACCGAAGCAUCAACGGAAGGCCCUCGUUCACCUCGAUUCAGUCCUGAAGGCGUGUGGUCAACCGGUUUUUCUUACAGUACCGUUGAUGACCUCUCAUGGGCGACUUCAUUGCAUGCAAAGAUUCGCGGUGUCCGAAUACGCAGGAAUAUCCAAGAAGGACGUUAAUGCAGCUAGUGAACCAGAUGUCCUUCUGUCAAUGCGUCUACAGUAUAGGCACCUUCGCCCGAAUCCAGUUACUACUAAGGGUGGGAACAUUUCCCGUAUCAUUGUCAUAAUUCCUGGUAAAUGUCUGGGAAGAAACUCAGGGUCUUGCUGUGAAAACCCAACUCAAUACGCCAUCAACACCGCAAUUCGGAUUAUCAAGGAAGUAAACAAUGAAAACGGCUCGUUGGAUGUAUCAAACAGUUUAGAAGAUGUCAGUGCAGAACACAGGUCGCCACCUCGGACACCAAAGGUAACCGGAUUCAUCUUAUGCGAUACCUCCGGACGACACGUCCUCUUCACAGAGACUGCGGAGAGCCGAUUAGCCCGCAAGCUAACCUUUAUCUUCUGUGAAUUGGCGUCGCAGUACACGCGAAAUUGCGUGAAACAGGCACCAAGGAUACUUUACAAUACGACUCUCAAGUUUACGUCCCAUCUUUAUACGAAACUGCACGAGCUCUGUCUAAGGGCUCCUCUGCACAAAUUUGUGCAACAGGGUCUGCUGUACAUUCGGGACCUUGUGCCUGAGCCUGCCUUCCAGGCGCUUACACGACUAUAUGCUCUCAGUGAACAUUGUUUCAGUUUCAGUUUGGCCCUGCGGCUUGACCUCAUCCCAGAUCCCGCCGGAAUUCAAGCUAUUUGUCAAAAUUUUUGUCUAUGGACCACGGAUUCAUGA